GCCGCCACUGGGAGGGCGGACGGAUGCAAUGCAGAACACACACCACACCACGCACCAAACACAUCGAGACAGAGCACACGCUGUCUCCAGACGACAACAACAGAGAACGCAGCAGCCCCUAUAGUAGCAGAAAGAAGAGAUCCACCAGAAGAACCCCCCUUCACUCUUCUCCUCUCCCUAGGACCGCAGCUCUGAAAUGGGCUGCUCCUCGGGACGACAACCCUCGGCCUCAGUGCUUCAAUCAGACCUGGACUGUGGCAGCAGCAUACCUCCGGAGUCCCCCCAUAGAGGGGACCUGGUCCAACCCCCAGAGUCUCUCUCCACACUAGAACGACUAGCCCAGGCCACUGGCGGCACGGAGAAGUCUUGGUACCGCUGUGUGUUCCCAUUUGGGGUGAUCUCCCUGGUGAUCGGUGUGGCAGGGACAGGGGUCACCUUCAUGUAUAACACGCCAGACCUGCACCAGACCAAGGUGGUGUCCAUGGUGCUGCUGGUGAUUGGGAUGGUCAUGCUGCUGAUGGCGGCAGUCUGCUGGAGGGACCACAGGCUGAAGAGAAGGAAGAAGAAGGAGGGAGGGUUCUUCUGCUCUGAACAGGGCACCUUGUGAGGUCUGGAGGAGGAAGAGGGAUGUAUGGGACAGACACAGACAGAUGAAAGGAUGGAUGGAUGGAAAGGUUGAAAAUCUGUGAGGUCCAAACCGAUCAACCUGCCACGUGCUUCAGCGAGAUUUCAGUGUGGUGGAGAGGGUUGAGAGUUCCUAUAUCUUCUUUCUCUUGUUUGGAAAUAUAACCUCCUUCUUUACUUUUUUCCCAGCCCCAUGUCUCUGAGGAGGUUUACUUUGUUUUUCAUUGUGUGGAGGAGGGAGGGCGGUGUUUUCACGGUUUCAAGUUCAGAGAGUUCUGUCAACGGUUAACAGUAGACCCUGAUAACCUACUGUAGCAAUGAGAUGUCCCAUCAGAAUGAUGAAAUCAGACUUUGGAUGUGUACCAAAUGGCACCAUAUUCCCUACAUAGUGUAUACCCUAUUCCCUACAUUGUGCAUAGUGUAGGGAAUUGGAUGCCAUUUUGGCCCAGCAUUUGUGUCCACGCUUUUCAUUCAUAGUGAUUUACUAAUUUCUGCUUUCCACUUCAGUUGGCUUAGCAGUGUCCUAAAAACGAGGACAUCACUGGAUCUGCCACAGAAUGGGCUGAGAUGUUCCAUUUUUACCAGUGGUUCUUUUUGCUGCCGUGUCAGUAAUACAUUGGGAUGAAUUGACUUGCGUGUGUGCACCUCUAACUGGUAUGAAUUCAUAGUUGAAGGUUUCAGAUAAUGACAUCACCCUGCGACAAGACUGCUGUAAGUUUGUCAACUUUGCAUUCCUCUGUAUGUUUGAUAUUACAUGUAUGUUUGGUGCGCUCUUAGAUAUGCAGAGGUUUAUGACUGAUACAUCAUUUGGAUGACAUUCAUAUCACAAAUCACAUAUCACUACCUGACCUGGAUCAAAUAUAAUAUGUCAAAUACUUUAAAAUAUGUGAGCUGCGCUUGAUUUAGUAUAGCCUGGCUCAAUUGAACAGAAUAGUCCCAAAAGUGGAAACUCCAAGCUAAAUCAAGUAAUCCUCAAAUACUUUCUAAUAUUUUGAAGUAUUUGAAGUAAUGUAUUUGUCGCAGGUCUGAUCACUAUUGUGUCUUACCACAUAAGUUGCCACGUUUGCAAUCAAUGUACCUCUUUAAAUGAAUGUAUAUUAAUGUCUAUAUAUAAAGAUUGUGUACAGUAUAGUUUAUUGGGAAAUGUAAAUUUAAAAACAUUUUGUAUUUGA